UUGGUUCUUUUGAUUGGUGGAUUGGGUUGUGGUUGGGAGGAAGGGGACUCAGAUGCUCAUCAAUGAGGCUGGUGGAUUAGGUCGUAAUACUCUAUGGAAAUGAAAAUCAAAUUUAUGAAUGAACUGUCAACUAGCCUUCCGUUUUGAUGCUUAAGAUGCUAUUGCAAUGCGACGUGAUCUCUGUGCUUGGAAAGUGUCGAGUUUGAGCUGCUUUUUGAUUUGCUUUCCCACGUAGUCAUCUGCAAGGCAUGUUUUACCAGACGAUUAGGCUGUUGGAAGCGGGGAUAAAGCCCGUGUAAACUUUUUUUCUUUACCUCCUGUGUUUUCAUUGGGAUGGGAUGCUAGAAGAACGAUGCUUGCGCUUCUCUAAAUUAUGCUUUACUGUUGUUACGAUAGCUAUGUAUUUGACGGUCCACCUCCUGAUUUGAAGAAGCAAGAGCUUGCAAAACGUUUUUCGAAGAGGGAAGAUGCCUUUGAGGAGUUGGCAGUAGCCAUUGCGUCUCAGAACAAGGAAGACAUCAAGAAAUUCAGUAAAAGAACUAUGAAGGUGACACAACAGCAUAAUGAAGGCUGCAAAAAACUAUUAAGACUUAUGGGUGUCCCAGUAGUUGAGGCUCCUUCAGGAGCAGAGGCACAGUGUGCUGCACUUUGCAAAGCUGGAAAGGUUUAUGCAGUUGCUUCUGAAGAUGUGGAUUCCCUUACUUUUGGAGCUCCUAUAUUUCUUUGCCAUUCGAUGGAUCCCAGCUCAAGAAAAGUUCAAGUCAUGGAAUUUGAAAUUUCCAAGAUCUUGGAGGAGAUGAAUCUGGAUAUGGAUCAAUUCAUUGACCUGUGCAUCCUCUCUGGAUGUGAUUAUUGUGAAAGCAUUCGAGGUAUUGGAGGGCUGAGUGCUCUUAAGCUUAUAUGUCAACAUGGUUCCAUAGAAAACAUACUAGAGAACAUAAAUAAGAAGAGGCAUCAGAUACCAGAUAAUUGGCCCUACAGCGAAGCUCGACUGCUUUUCAAGGAACCAAUAGUUUCUACGGAAGAACAACCUGAGAUAAAAUGGACUGCUCCAAACGAGGAGGGCUUAAUUUCUUUUCUCAUGAAUGAGAAUGGGUUCAACAUUGACAGAAUGACGAAGAGGUAUAUGACGAGACCAAUGGAGAGCGCAAUGAAGCUGAGGAUUCCGAUGAGGACGUAGAGCUUGAGGCUGAGGAAGGGAGUCUUGGAGGUGAGCUCAUGAGGGAGAGAGCCGUCAAGAGAUCGAUGUUCGCCAUAAACUGCCAUGUUUCUAGCGGAGGAGGGAGAGAGUGGAAAAGGCUAAGGGAGUACGUGAAUGCGUGAGAAUUGGAGAAUGAGAGCUCUGCGCAGAGAGAGACAGAGAGAGCAGUACAGGACCUUAUAAUGGAUACAAAGGAAAAGGAAAGAGAGAGGGUGAAAAAUCUGCCAUGUCAUUGUUAAAAGUCUCAUCUAGCAAUUUUAUUACGAAAGUGCCAUUGUGUUGGAUGAGCGACUUUUGUUUCUGUUAUAUGGAUGGUGGUGAUAAAUUGAUAAUUGGUGUUGUUGAUGGCAUUUUUGACAUUUCGAGAUAGCCGUGCGGGCGAAUGGGGAGGAGUCUUCUUGUUUGAGCCUUAAUUGACUGAACUAAGAGGAGACAAGGAGAAGGUGAGA